AUUGGAGGUUGGAAUAUUACUGGGAAUUUUGACGUUAAUCAGUGGAAUUUCCAGAACACUCUGGAGCUGAUUCACAAUACGUACAAUCGUGGAGGUCUUUUUUCGUGGGGUGUGGGAGAAGAUGAGAGAAAUUCUAGCCAAAAUAUCCUCCAGGUAGACCAAGGAGGCCUAAGUCUGCCUACCAGAGAUUAUUAUUUGAACAAAACCCAAGAUGACGAGGUGUUGACGGCGUACUUAAGCUAUAUGACAAUAGUCGGUGUGCUUUUAGGGGGUGAGGAAAAUGACACCCGACGUCAGUUUUCAGAGGUCAUUGAAUUUGAAACAAAGCUAGCGAAUAUUACUAUACCAGCUGACCAGCGGAAAGAUGAAGAGAAACUCUACCACAAGAUGACGAUUGGUCAGCUGCAGAAAAUCGCUCCAGUGGUCGACUGGGUUCAGUACUUAAACCAUGGCUUCAAAAAGAUUGGGAGGAAGAUCGAUAACUCUGAGAACAUUGUGGUUUACGCCCCAGACUUUCUCGAAAACAUGUCAAGUUUAAUCACUCAAUACUUAUCUACUCCCGAAGGCAAAACAAUCUUGAACAACUACCUAGGAUGGUCCGUUGUACAAGGCUUGGUUUCCUGUUUGUCAAAGCCCUUUAGAGAGGCUUCUAAGAUCUUGCGAAAAGCUUUGAUUGGUUCUGAAGGCGGAGAAACACCCUGGAGAUAUUGUGUUGGGGAUACGAAUAACGUAAUUGGAUUUGCCUUGGGCGCCAUGUUUGUGCGAGAAGUUUUCCGUGGAGAAAGCAAGACUAUGGCAGAGAACAUGAUCAACGAGGUGAAGAAAGCUUUCAAAGACAAUAUGCCUCUUUUGGACUGGAUGGACUCGGAAACAAGACAACUGGCUAAAGAUAAGGCUGACGCAAUCACCGACAUGAUUGGAUUCCCAGACUUCAUCAUGAACCCUGAAAAACUGGAUGCAAAAUACGAAGGACUCACUUUCAUUCAGGAUGAAUAUUUUGAGAACAACAUCCGGGUCAGCAAAUUUUCUCUUUUAAGAAAUAUGAAACGCCUGGACAAACCAGCCAAUAAAACAGAGUGGGAAAUGACGCCACCUACAGUUAAUGCAUAUUACACUGCUACAAAAAAUCAAAUUGUCUUUCCAGCUGGUAUUCUACAGACUCCAUUCUAUGACGCAGCUUACCCUAAAUCCCUGAAUUUUGGAGCCAUGGGAGUUGUUAUGGGACACGAACUGACACAUGCAUUUGAUGAUCAAGGUCGAGAAUAUGACAAAAACGGAAACUUGAAGCAGUGGUGGAAAAACAAGACAAUUGAAGAAUUUAAAGAACGCACACAAUGUUUUGUUGACCAGUACUCUUCAUUCGUAAUUAACGAGGAACACCUAAAUGGGAAGCAAACACUGGGAGAAAACAUAGCUGACAAUGGUGGCCUCAAAGCAGCAUUUAACGCAUACGAAGAAUGGAGUCGUUUUCAUGAGAUGGAACUACCAUUGCCCGGUGUCAAUCUUACACACAGACAGUUGUUUUUCUUAGGAUUUUCUCAAGUUUGGUGCUCAGCGAGUACUCCCGAAGCACUUCAUCUUCAAAUAUUGGAUGACAGUCAUAGUCCAGCUCAAUAUAGAGUUAUUGGAACCUUGUCAAACUCCUACGAGUUUGCUCGGGAAUAUCAGUGCCCUAUAGGUAGUUCCAUGAACCCGAAGAAGAAAUGCGAAGUUUGGUGAUAUUACUAAUAGAGAAUUGUAUCGCUAUUCUCCUGCAUGUUGUAUCCAAAAAAGAAAAGGGAAGGCUUAAAAGGAAUCCAGAAUGAUGUAAUUUCCUCCUACAUCUGUGUUUCUUUAAAUUUGUAAAAUUCUUAAAAAUUAAAAAUUGCACAUUAUUUAUGUUGUGAAUAAAAAGUUUAUUUUCUUUUACUCGUUUAACUACUGUGCAAAUGUAAUCCUAAGGCAAUAUUUUUGUGUUACUAUUUUUUGUCUAAAACCAAAUUAUUAAGUUAAAAUUAAUGUCUUAUUGUUUCCUAUUUUUUGUUAUAAUUCCUUUUUAAUCAGCAUUUCGUUGAUUGAAAUAUCAUACUUUAUGUAUGUUAAUUUAAUUAAUAAAAUUAUAUGUACGUAACUUUAAUUUAAAUCAUUUAUGAGAUGUGUAUUCAGGCAGGCAAACUAGAUGCUACUUUUUCCUUUGUGUUAUUAUAUCAUUAAUAGACUAAAGUGCAAGUAAUAUUUGACCGAAAAUGAUGCUCUGAUGGAAAUAUAUAUAACAACUAAUGCUUCAGUUUGUAUAAUUAAAUAAAAUAAGCUUAAUAUAUUCUAUGGAAAAUACAUUACAGUGUAAAACGUAUAACUUGUAAAAUGUUUAGGGAUUCAUGUAUGUUUGAAGAUUUAAAUCAAUAACGUCGUGCUUGUGAAUUUGAGUCAAACUGUGAGUUCAAAAUGGUAGGUAGUCUGUACUGGUCAUUUGAUUUUAUAUCAAUUAUUUAUAUUCAUAUAAGAACGCCAAAAGUAACAAUUCCUCAUUAUUUUAACUUACCUCCUAAAAUACAUUAGAAAGAGGUUGGGAUACCACGAAAACAAUAACUAACUAACAAUACUAAAAGUAACAAAGGUUUUCACCAUUCAUUAAUGUACUUAAUGGGAAUAAAACCAGAUAAAUCAUGAAAAUAACAAGACAUUUUGUCACACUCAAAUGAAUUGAUUGUAAAUAUACUUGUUAUUUCUUUCUCUAAUUUAUAUGUAGUUUCAUCGUUUAAUGUACAGUUUAUAAAAUAAAGGACACGGAUACAUAAAUGACUUGUUAAAAUAAAUUCUAGUUUUUCAAAAUAAUUCAUGAUAGUAAAGACUACAUAUCAUGGACAUAUAUUAAGGAAGAGUGUAUUCCACUUAAUCGAAAGUUAAAUCCUUGUCAUAUUUUCUUCUAACAUAUCUUAAUUUAACAUAGAGACGCCAUUUUCCUUUUAAAGUUUGCUAGUAUCAUAAACACUCUAUCUUAACGGGAUAAUUUUCAGUUACGUAUUCACAGUAUUGUAAGUUAUAAGUGUCCCUUUUUACACUGUUUUUUAUUUAACAAUUCAAUUAAAUCGGUAAUGAGCGUUCUUUCUCGAGACGUGUUUUGUUAGAUUUUAACUUUCGUACUCUGUUGGAUUAAAUUUAUGUCAGUGAAUGCCAUUGCAAAGACGAGGUAAUGUUUUGGAAUACUGAUUCAGACAAUUCUGUGUAAAGGUCAUUCAAAUUUAUUAUACUGUGUCAGUAGUUGGACUAGUGAUGCAUCAUAAUAGUAUGAUAUUUUUCAGUAAGGUGUAGAGAUUGAAAAAUAGUUAUGAUGUAGAAACUGAAAUAUUUAGUUACCAACGUAUUCUACAACUGCUGUGUAAAAAUCAAUAUUGAAUACUUAAUUGGUAAACUUAGCUUUCUUUCUUUCAGCAAAUCUAAGUGUAACUGUAUUCUGACGAAAAAGGAAACAAAUUUCCUUCACAAUAACGGCAGUAAAUGUAACGAUUGUAGCUUAUGAAAACAUAAUAUAUGUAUGUGCAUAUAUGUAGCAAAUGUUCAUUUGUGCUUGUUUUUUAUUGUUGUAUCAACAUUCGAAAAUUGCUUUUUAAAUGGUAUUCACAUUAUAUUUAAACUAAACGUCAAAUGCAUAUAAUCCUUUCUACAGGGUGUUCCUAAAGUCUGGACACAUAGGUAAAAUGCAGAUUUUCAAGAAAUGAAAUUUUCAACAACAUUUUAUUCAAUUGGAAUAUUAACAAAUAACAUCUUCAAUAUGAUUUCCAUCAUUUGUGAUGCAAAAGUUGAUGCGCUUUGCAAGAUUCACGUGAACUCGAUGCAAUAACUCCACAUUGCCGUCGAUUUUAGCACAUUCACUCUUUAUGCGUCCAAUCAAAUGUGUUGCAUCUGUGAUUUUCAUUGAGUACACCUUCUCCUUUAGCAUACCCCAGAAAAAGAAGUCAAGGGGGCUAAGGUCUUUUGCUCUUUUAAGAUACGACUGAGGGUUGUUUUGGGAACACCCAGCUCCAUGGAUGUCCUGCGAAAUUAUUUUUUGGGGCUAGCAUAAAUUUUAGCCAUGAAAAUUUCUUUCGUUUCGUCUGAUAAUUUUGGGCGUCCAGAAUGGGGUUUGUCCAUGACACUGCCCGUUUCUUUAAACUUUUUAACCACCUUCGCCACCGUGGAAAAGCCAAGUGGAAACCUCUUGGGAUGACGUGCAUUAAAUUCAUCUGCUUUCUUUCGAUAUGACCAUCCUUCACAUCCACUGAGAAGUACCAGUUCAAUUCUCUCUUCUUUCGACAAAGCCAUAUUUAAUCUGUGGAGGUAAAAAAAUAUAUAGUUAAUGAGAUUUCCUAUGUGUCCUAACUUUAGGGACACCCUGUACAAUAAAACAUCGUAACUGUCGAGGAGUUCAAAAUAUUAAAAUAGCCGCUUUGUGGUUGAGGUCAGAAGGUUUGAAUAUCUAUUUCCUGAGACAUUUCGUGCUGAAUACGAAAAUGAUUUCUUCAUUGCGACAGUCUUUACAAAAGUUUUUAAAAUAUGCACGAAUAUAUGAGGGUGAAGUUAAAAGUAGAAAAUCUGGAAAGUAGGGUAAGACUAUAAAUACUACUGCUUUUGCUCAAAUGCAUGCAAUAUAAUGCCUAUUAUGGCAUUCUAUAUUUCAAAACAAACUAAACUUCUAAAGCAGUAAACAUUUGAGAUUCAAAGCUAAGAUCUUUUGGUGCUAUAAGGUCAAAAACUUUAAAAACAAAUUUUCAGAAAAUUCCGAGGGGUCCCAAAAUGUAAAUAUUGUAUUAAUACGUUUGUCUCAAGUAUUUAGAUGAGGAUCACUAGCCUUUUAAUUCAUGAAGUCAAAUCUAAUAUUAUGUUGACAGUUCUUGAUAUGCAACCUUUAGGAACCUUUACUUCUAGUUAUUAUUUCCAAAGUCCGAAUCAUUAAAGGAUGCUUCAAUUUCACACUCACAAUCCUAGGAAUGUUCUCUUCGGGAGAGAAGUUGAAUCGCCAGUUUUUAAAAAAAUAUCCUGAUGAAUCUUGGAACUAGAAAAUCAUUUGAUUGUGAAGCGACCAUCUCUCUGUUCCUGGUCGAUCUCCAUUGAGUCCAAUUCUAGAGGGAAUGCUGUUUCUGCACUUUUUAUUGAAAAAAGUAGAGCAUUAGAUUCGUUCUCAUCACCUUCCUAUGGAGAACAGGCUGGAAAAGAGGCAAAAGACUUGGAUCCGCACCUUUUAGCUUCGCCAUAUGAUGAUUUUAGCCUUUAGAUGCUUAUUUCAUCCUAAAGAUUGCUUAGUAUACAUCGUCUACUUUAUUUAGGGUUAGCUUCAUAAAUAAUGAACGUGCAAGUUAUUCAAAAUCAGCAAGUCAGCUUCAACACUACCUAACACUUCAUCAGAAGCACCAAAACUGGCAAAGGUUUGACGAUAACAAAGGGACUUUCGAGUUUUGCCUUUACGUACGAAUGCUGCAGUGUAUUGUUUGUUUGCUUGUAGUUAAGCACAAAGCUACACAAUGGGCUAUCUGUGCUCUGCCCACCACGGGUAUCGAAACCCGGUUUCUAGCGUUGUAAGUCCGCAGACAUACCGCUGUGCCACGGGGGACUGCUGCAGUGUAAUUACAGCCCAUAAACACAUGAACUGCAAGUAAUUCAGCCACAAUAAUUCAUCUAGCUUACCACACAGCUCGGUCAUAUGAAUUCAGACAAACAUAUUAGUACAAUGUUUACAUUUUGGGCCCUGUCCUAAUUUUCUGGAACUUAUUUCUCAAGCUUCUCAACUUGCCUGCCUUUUCACUUUUCAAUAUCCUGUUACACAUUGCCUAAAAUAUCGUGUAUGUGAAUAUUAGACAAUUUUACAAGGUUCGUAGUAUAAUCAUACAAUAUGACAGUGCUAACUUAUCCAGAAUACCUUCUUCAAUUUUCUCUUAGAUGCGUUUAUACGCCUACUCUUGGAAAAGGUUUUAAUGGUAGCAUAGACUUUAGUUAUUUGUUACAUACUGUAUUUGGCUGAUCUUUGUCCUGUUUACACACAUGGAAAGUGAAAUGACGCGUGAUUUAAAAUGUCAUUAAAACACGGCGCCAAAUUCGUCAUUAACAUUUCAACAGUUCCGUUUCGAAUAAGUACGGUGAGCUUUAAAUUGUUUUUAUCUUUGAUAAAAUUUACUCACUACAUAUAGACUGUGUUAGACUCAAACAAAUAAAAAAUAAAUCUUGUGCACACAAUUAAUUUAUUAACCGACAAAAACAAAUUUAGAGUACUGCUUUUAAUAUUGAAAAUGUCAUUAUAUUUUCCGCACUUAGAUGACCUUUUGACCUUAUACCACCAAAUGACUUCAGAUGUCAAAUGUUUAUUAAAUGACUUCAGAUGUCAAAUGUUUAUUGUUUUAAUAUUAUAGUUGUUGUAAACGGCUAAAUGUCAUAAUUGGUCAUAUAUUUUAUGCAUUUAAAGAAAAUUUGCACUGUUUUUGUAGCAUAUCCUACCUUCCAGAUUUUGCACUUCGAGCAUACUUAUCGGACUAGUGCACGGCUGUCGCUAAUACUUUCAUUUACAGAUCUUGCAUAAAGUUUCCUACUAGAACCCAUCUUUAAACCGUUUAGCCUGAACCACAACAAUAGAUCUCCCACCAUCUCUCAGACUGAAAGGAGGCCUCGCAGCAGACUCGACAUUUUUAUGUGAACUUUUAGUUAAUACCAAAAUCGCAUCUUUGGACUGUGAACUAUGUAUGUCCUUAAAUACAGAUUUCUGUUGGAAAAUAAUUACAAACUACAGUUUAACAGAUUUUGUAUUUUAGGAUUAUUUUUUUUUUUUUUACAUAAUUCUGGCAACUUGAUUUAUUGGGUCUUUCAAAGUCCGCCUAUAUAUUUGCUUAGAAAUGUUAUUAAUUGAUGUGAUCAGUAUGAUAAUGAAAAUAUUUUUUUGAUUUAUUGAUAGUAUGUGAAUGUAAACUGUUACAAAAUUUAAGGUAUCCUCAGAAGUUACAAUAUGCUUUCUAAUCGUACGCUUUGUGUCAAAUCUGACAUACAGUCAGAUCACUAGCCUUACCUCGGAUUUUAAGAUCUUAUAGUUACUUUUUAUUAUAACUAUACUUUUUCUGUGGUCAUUAAAUACAGAUGAAUAAAAUAUGUAAAUUUUUUGUAAAAUGUAUUUGCAUUAUUUUACGGAACUUAGUUGUUCUUUUAAUACUUUUAUUUUGUAUAUUAAAUUAUAAGAAACAUUAUUACGUUCUCUUUGUAGAGAGAAAAGGUACACAUUAUUGAAACAUGUCAGGUGGUCUCUAAAUUGUCUGUUAUAGAAUUUGGAAAAUAUGUAGUUUGAAGCCAACUUUCUACAAUGUUUUAAUGUAGCAAAAAAGUGAUAGAAAUAUAUGUUUAUACUUGCAAUAUAUUGUUAACUAUAGUAUAAGUAUUAUUUCAUUAAUCAUUUUAAAUACUUCCAGAUGUGACGUGAUAUAUUAUUAUUAUACUAAAGUCGCAGAAACGUACAAAAAAAACAAAGUGUUGUUCUGUUGCUAGGAGACAAAAUUAACUAAAUUCCAUAAACACACAACAUAUCUCAAUGUGACUUCAAUGUAAUUGCAAUCUUUGAUAAAAACAGAUUAUUGCUCUCUUAUUAUUUAUAUGUUAUCUCGUGUACCAAUAACUAAAUAUGUAGUAUUUUUCAAUGGUAGCAGUAAAAAAGUUAUCUGCAGUUAUGUGUAAUUAUAUGAAUAAGAGUUUUGGUUUUGUAUGUAGGCUUCAUUUUAUUACAUUACUAAUAGUCAAGUAGCGUCAUAUUAGCUCAAAUGAAUGUUCAUAAACUUAGUACUUUCCCUAAACCUAAACCUAAUAAAACCUAAGUUUCAUAAGUUAUCUUGAAUACCUUUUAAGUGCUUUCACUGGAAUUUAUUAUUUCCGCAAAUAGAUACUGAAAAAAAUGAAACCAGUUUAGCAAAAAUGCUGUUAAUUGACUUGAUAAUAUCGCUAUAAAAAUGUUAGCAUCAAUACACAUUAAUAAAAUUAUUAAACAUAACAUAGUUUGCAUAAAAUAUGUAUUCAAUGCGUUUCGAAAUAUGAUAUCUGAAUUUGUGGAAACAGUACGUUGCACAUCUGCAAAAAAUAUUUGUGGUUUUAUAACAUCAAUUUAUAAAUUUCUACACGAUGUUUUCUAUACUAGUCAUUUUGAGCGAAUCAGUAAUCUAAAAUAUAGGUACUCACUCCUACCUAUUUAAAGUCGAGUGGAAACCAUUAGUUUGUAAUCAGUUUUCUCCAGCUCAGUAAAGAAGAAAAGUACACGUGCUGAAAUGUUUGAAAUAAAGGCUUUAUUGACAUUACAAAUAUCUUUAAAACUUCCAAACAAAAAAAAAGACAUUUUUUUAUAUAAUUUAUAAACUAUAAGAUUGAAAGAGGUAAAGGAAACCCAGAACUUAUUUCAAGAUAGUCUAUUAUGUGGAACUACAAAUCAAUCAUUGUUACUGAGCGUAUAAUGUUUAAAACAGCCGUUGACGCUAUAAAAUUUAGGAGUCGAGA